AUCAACAAAAGCCAGGUUCUCACUGAGCUUGGCAAUGCAUCGCGGGCAGCCUCUGUAUUGUGGCGGCUCCUUGGGACCCAGCUGAGAGGACAGUUUGCUCCCAAGUCUACAUCAAUGACUUCAGGGAUUGACUCCCCGCCAACUCCCAGGAGGAAAGAGCCGGAACCAGCCUCUGACCUAUCUAGGCACCCUGUCCAGCCAGCCAGCCAGAGAGACCAAGAGAAGUCCUUCCCAGACCUUGGACCAGUGUUCUUGGUUAAGGAGCCCUGUGGAGUCAGGGGUGGCACCAGUGACCACCUUGCCCUGGAGAGGCCCCGGCGAGAGCUAUGGCAGGUGUCUGUGACAGGGCCCCGAACUUCCUCUCUCCAUCUGAAGACCAAGCCCAGGGGCCUGCCCUGGGCACUGCAGUUGCUUUGAACUGUACAGCUUGGGUAGUCUCUGGGUCCCAGUGUCCCCAGCCUCCAGUCCAGUGGCUAAAAGAUGGGCUUCCAUUGGGCAAUGGAAGCCACUACAGCCUCCAUGAGGACUUCUGGGUCAGUGCCAACUCCUCAAAAGUGCUCGUGUCCAGUGUCCUGGUGAUCAACCUGACCAGUGCUGAGGACUAUGGGGCUUUCACGUGCUCUGUCCGGAACAUGAGCUCGCCUUCCUUCACGCUUUGGAAAGCUGGCCCAGCCGGCCACUUAGCUGCGGUGUUGGCUUCCUUCCUGGUCCUGCUGGUUCUGCUGCUGGCGGCCCUGCUUUACAUUAAGUGUCGUCUUAAUGUGCUGCUUUGGUACCAAGACACCUAUGGCGAGGUGGAGAUGAACGACGGGAAGCUCUACGAUGCCUACGUGUCCUACAGCGACUGCCCCGAGGACCGCAAAUUCGUAAACUUCAUUCUGAAGCCCCAGCUGGAGAGGCGUCGGGGCUACAAACUCUUCCUGGACGACCGAGACCUCCUGCCGCGGGCGGAGCCCUCCGCCGACCUCCUCGUGAACCUGAGCCGCUGCCGGCGCCUCAUCGUGGUGCUUUCCGACGCCUUCCUCGGCCGCGCCUGGUGCAGCCAGAGCUUCCGGGAGGGUCUGUGCCGCCUGUUGGAGCUCACCCGUAAGCCCAUCUUCAUCACCUUCGAGGGCCAGCGGCGGGAGCCCACGCACCCUGCUCUUCGUCUGCUGCGCCAGCACCGCCACCUGGUGACCCUGCUGCUCUGGAGGCCCGGCUCCGUGACGCCUUCCUCUGAAUUUUGGAAAGAGCUGCAACUGGCACUGCCAAGGAAGGUGCAGUACAGGCCGGUGGAGGGAGACCCCCAGACCCGGCUGCAGGACGACAAGGAUCCCAUGCUGAUCGUGAGAGGCCGCGUGGGGCAGGGCUUGGGCCUGGAGCCUGAGCUGGAUCCUGACCCUGAGGGAGACUUGGGUGUCCGUGGGCCUGUCUUUGGGGAGCCACCAGCUCCAUUGCAUACAAGUGGUGUCUUGAUGGGAGAGGGCCGUGGCAGCGAUGUGGACGUCUCUGAUCUUGGCUCUCGAAACUACAGUGCACGCACGGACUUUUAUUGCCUGGUGUCUGAGGAUGAUGUGUAGCCUUCACCCUAGCCCAGAGCAUGGGAUUAUUGGGGGGGGGCAGAUGUGGGGCACCGGGUGGGAGCCCUUCUGCCCAGGAUCACAACCCUUGCCUUUUAUAGCCCUGGGCCCUUCAUUGAAAUAGUGGCUCCCAGGUGCCACAAAAUAAAAGUCCUCUUGGCUCUUG